AUGGCGCUUAUAGCCCUGACGGUCUUGCUAUCGACUACUUGAACAACUGGAUCUAUUGGUUGAGUUCUGCUUAUCGUACGAUCUUUAUGGCUAAAUUGGAUAUUUUGUAUCAUCGAGUUGUCAUGAAUGAGAGUAUGAAGUUAGACAAGCCGCGUAGUCUUGCUGUUGAUCCAUUGAGAGGGUAUCUGUUCUGGGCUGAUCGGGAGGAUCACUCGCAUAUCGGUGCUGCUGCUAUGGAUGGCAUGGGACAGAGACACAUUGUGGUGGAUGGAUUAGCGAAUGGAAUAGCGGUUGAUACGGUAACACAGAGGAUCUACUGGGUGGACGGCAAUCGUGGAGUGGUUGAGGUUUGUGAUUGUUUGGAUUACAAUCGAAGAGUUAUUAUACAGGGUGGUGUUGGACGGCCUCUCUUUAUUGUGUUGUAUGAGGAAAAGGUGUACUUGUCGUCUGAUUGGGGACCGAGGAAGGAGGGAAGAGUUUUUGUUGCCUAUUUGAUUUGAUGAAGAUUGAUCAUGAUGUGGACUCUGUACAAGGCAUUGCAGUUUAUCAGGAAGAACAACAGCAACACACUCCCAAUCACUGCGAUCAAGCGAACUGCAGUCAUUAUUGUGUCACCAGUUUUGUGUCGGACUACAAGUGUUUCUCUUCCGAUGGCUCCCA